AUGAAUGCUCUUAUUAUACGUAAACAAAAAUAUCGUUCACCACCAGCUCAACCAUUAGAUAGACAUUUAUCGGAAAUUGCUGAAUCUGAUGGAUCAAUUUAUAUCAAUGCAGGAAUUGAUUCAACUUGUUGUAAAAAACGUAGUCGAACAAUACAUAAAUUAACGAAUGGUAUUGUUGUGUCAACAGAUGUAUCACCAACGAAAACAAGAAGUUCAAAUGGUCAUAAUGAUGAUAUAUUACCUAUAAUGUUAAAUAGUAGUACUCAUGAUGAUCGAUGCGAUUCAAUUAAUAAUGGUGGUGGUUGUAUACAUUGUGCAUAUUGUGGUAAAUGA